AAGCCAAAGCUAUCUUUGCUCUGUCAUACUGACAGAAGGCUAUUUUGGAGGUUAGUAUGUGGGGAGAGAUAUGUCAGCUGUUCAGCACUAUGCUCCAUCAAAGCCAGAAAAAAAGAGAAAGCGCUAUAGGCUGUGUGCUUUGGGGACAGGGAUGCAGCUUGCAAACCCGGGCAUGCUUUCCUUUGGCUAAACGUUUGUUGUUAAUCUUAAAGGCUUUGUGUGAAACAAGACAAGACUCGGGCCGAUCGGUUGCCAUGGUGGAUGUUUUUUAGCCUCUUUUUUCAGGUGAAGUUUUUUUUUUUUUGGUGCGACGGGAGGACAUGCAAGGAUUUAUUCUUUCUAGAAAGCUGCUGUCUAAGUUGGAGUUGUAGCCCUUCUGUGAUAACUCUGGUAAAAAGCAAACAAGAUUCCCCAAAUCACACGGAGAGAAGAGCAGGAUGGGAGACAACAUACCUGGAGGAAUAGUCGCUGCUGCAAAGAACCGUCUGCAGGUGGUGAAGGGUUUGGAGGAUGUGGAGGUGUGUGAGUGUGAGAGCUGCUCUUUUGAGGUGACCCUCAACCUGGCCUAUAUCGAGGGAGUGUGGACCAGAGACGGGAUGCAGAUUAAGUCCAAGCCCAACUGGCGCAUCAGCACGCAUGGGAAGAAACACUCCCUCCUACUGAACAGGGUGGCUUUGGGAGACGCAGGCUUGUUCUCUUUUCAGGCCAACGGCAUUGAGACCUCAAGCAGACUCAGUGUCACAGCUAGGGACAUCCACAUAGUGAAAGAGCUGGAGGAUGUCGACACAGUUGAGCGUCAACCUGUGAAUUUCCUGUGUGAGGUCAACCAGGUGGAUUUGGAGGGUCGGUGGUACAGAGAUGACUGCAGAAUUCGACCUGGGGACAACAUCAAGAUCAGACACCAGGGUAAAACUCACAUCCUGCUCUUCAAGUCGGUCAGGCCACAGCAUGCUGGAGAUAUCCGAUUCACUGCAGAGCGCGUCUCGUCCUAUGCAACUCUCUCGGUGACAGAGCUUCCGGUCCAAAUAGCGCGUCCUCUGAAGGUCAAGAUAGCCAUGUAUCGCCACCGGGGUCUGCUGGAGUGCCAGGUGUCGCGGCCUAACGCUCAGGUCAGGUGGUACAAAAACAGGAAGGAGCUCCUGCCCAGUAAGAAGUACCAACUGAUCAGCCAGGAUGUCUACAGGCAGCUGACCAUCGACGACAUCUGCUCUUCAGAUGAGGACACCUACACCUGUGAUGCAGGAGAUGACAACACCUCCUGUCAGCUUCUGGUGGAGGAGCAGGCUAUACGCAUAGUGCGGGGGAUGAGCGCAGUGGAGGUGAUGGAGCCAGAGCCAGCGCUGUUCCAAGUAGAGACCAGCCUGAAAUCAGGGAGGCCUCCCCGUUGGACCCUGAACGGUGAGGUGCUGGAGCCUUGUGCAGCAGUGGACAUCGACAGGGAGGGCACCGUCCACAGCCUCUGUCUCACCUCUACAGACAGCUCCAUGUCUGGCCCCGUGGUCUUUAUGGCUGGCAAGAGUCGCUCCACUGCUCAGCUUACUGUCAAAGAGCGACCUCUUCAGGUUUCCCGCCACUUGGACGAUGAAGAAGUGAAGGAGAACGGCUCUGUGACUCUGAGCUGUGCGUUUGCGCCCUCUCCCCGGGUGGUGAAGUGGUUUAAAGGUCGUACGGCGCUGAAGAGCUCGAACAAAUACAGCAUGAAGAGGGAAGGGAAACGAGCACAGCUGACCGUUCAUGGCAUGACAGCGAUGGAUGCAGGACAGUACCACUGUAUGGCUGGGGGCUCACAGAGCACAGCACAUGUUAAGGUAGAAGUGCGAACGCUGAAGUUGGUUAAACACCUCGAGCCAGUGGAAGUUGAGGAGGACAGCAUUGCCACAUUCUCAUGUGAGCUCAACUAUGUGGUCGCCAACGUGGAGUGGCUCCUCAACAAUGUCCGCAUCUAUUGCAACGUUAUCAACAGGAUCCAGCACAUGGGCACGAUGCACAGCCUCACAAUCAAGAAGCUGCGUCCACAGCAGAGCAGGGUCACCUUCAAAGCAGGCCUUCUCUCCGAGAUCACCAUGUUAAAGGUCAAAGAGCGCCCAGCAGUGUUCCUGAGGUCUCUGGAGGACGCAGUAGGAGAAGAGCAAGGGGACGUCUCUCUGCAGUGUGAAAUCUCCAAAGAGACAGUGACCCCUGUUUGGAAGAAAGAUGGUAUGAUCCUGACUGCUGAUGAUAAACACGAGUUACUCCAGUUCGGGAAGUCCAUGGCACUGAUCAUCCAUUCCUUAAGCAAGGAUGACGCCGGACAGUACACCUGUGACCUGGGCACCAGCCAGACCAAGGCCAAAGUUACUGUGCAUGACUUACACAUCACUAUUGUUCAACGUAUGAAGACAACAUCUGUCCUGGAAGGUGAAAGCUGCACUUUUGAUUGUCAACUCUCUCAUAAUCUCGAUGAUGAGCCUUCCUGGACCAUCAAUGGCCAGGUGGUGGUCACCAAUAGCCGUAUCCAGGUUAUCAACAACGGCCGCAACUAUAAGAUGACAAUUAGAGAUGCUACACUGACCGACGCUGGAGACGUAGUCUUCACAAUUAAAGAUCUGAGCUGUAGGACCAUGCUCUUUAUCAAAGAGAAGCCAGUGCACAUCUUCAGGGAGCUGUUGAAUGUCAAGGCGGUGCCGGGCGAGGACCCAGAGCUGAGCUGUGAGAUCACCAAACCAGAGGUCACCAUCCGUUGGCUGAAAAAUGGCCGUUUGAUCAGGCAGAGCCACAGGUAUGAGAUGAGUGUGGAGAAGUACCUGGCGCGAUUGGUGAUCAGGAAUGCCACCAUCAGAGACUCUGGAGAGUACUGCUGUGAGGCCGACGGCGUUGCCUCGCGUGCCAAGCUGGAGAUCAGAGAACUCCAGCACACAUUUGCGAGGGAGUUAAUGGACAUGCGAGGAGAGGAAAAGGGUAAAGUUAACUUGGAGUGUGAGACCAGGCGGCCAGCCAAGCGGGUGACCUGGCUGAAGGGCAUGGUGGAGCUGAGGUCCGGUAGGAAGUACGUCAUCAGGCAGAAGGGUGUGGUGCUGUCCCUGACCGUCACCUGUCUGGAGAAAUCGGACACAGAUGUUUACACAUGUGAUGUCGGUACCAUGCAGAGCCGGGCGCAGCUGACGGUGCAGGGUCAGAAGGUGUUGAUCCUGGAUGAAUUAGAGGAUGCUGAGUGUCUAGAGGGCGACACGGUCACAUUCAGGUGUCGAAUCUGUCCCAGUGACUACAUCGGGGUCAAGUGGUAUCUGGACGAGACUUUGCUGUACACCAAUGCGCUCAAUGAAAUCCAGAUGGUGGAUGGAGGCUACCACACCCUCACAUUUAGACAGCUUGCCCGCAAAGACACUGGCACCAUCUCGUUUGCAGCGGGGGACAAAAGAUCGUACGCCUCGAUGUUGGUUAGAGAGAGACGUCCCACUAUCAUUAAAGCACUGGAAGACUGUGAGGCUUUUGAAGGAGGUGGUUUGGUUUUGUCUUGUGUGGCCUCCAAGCCAUGUCACAUCCUGUGGUACAAAGAUGGCUGCCUGAUGUGGAACUCCUCAAGGUAUUUUGCCAGUCGUUCUGGCUGCGAGGCCCGGUUGACGAUUCGGGAGGUCUGCAACAACGAUGCCGGCGUGUAUGAGUGCAGUGCUGGAUCUGUUACAACUAGGGCCGUUGUAACUGUCAAAGCCAUCCCAGCAGAGUUCACCCAGUCUCUGGAACCUGUGGAGGCCAAAGAGGGGGAGACCGUGACCCUGACCUGUGAAUACUCUCUGCCUGGGGUCCACGUCCACUGGAAGAGAGGUUUUGAAAACAUCAGGCCUGGAGAAAGGUACCUGAUGAAACAGAGGAAGACAAUCAUUUCCCUGACCAUCAAAGCCCUGAAGCCUGAGGACUCAGGAGAAUAUACCUGUCAGUGCAGAGAUCACCGCACUACAGCAAGCCUCAAAGUACAUGUUAUUCCCAUUACAUUCAUACAGCAGUUAAAGAACAUGCAAGCAGAGGAGGGAAGCAAUGUCCUGUUGCGCUGUGAGCUGUCUAAACCUGUAAUCUCAGUGGAAUGGAGUAAGGGACAUGAGCUGCUAAAGAACGGAGUUAAAUACCAGAUAAGGAAAAGGGAGACCACCCUGGAGCUUCUGAUCUGGAAGCCGGUUCCUAAGGACAGUGGGGUCUACAGCUGUGAGUGUGCUGAUCAGAUGACAUCUGCCACUGUCACAAUCACUGCUCUCCCAGUCACCUUCAAGCAGAAGCUGAGGAACGUGCUGAUUGAGGAGGGCAACACUGCGGCUCUGCGCUGUGAGCUGUCGAAGCCUGGUCGUGAUGUGGAGUGGAGGAAGAACGGGAAUGAACUCAUCAGGAGUGGAGAGAAAUACCAGAUGCGGCAGAGAGACAUGCUGAUUGAACUGAGGAUCUUUGAUGUCACACCUGAGGACAGCGACAUCUACACCUGCAUCUAUGGGAACAUAGAGACCACUGCAACGCUGACCGUUAAUGCUCUUCCCAUCACCUUCAAGCAAAAGCUGAAGAACCUCCAAGUAGGGGAAGGACACGACAUCCCACUGUAUUGUGAGAUCUCUAAAGCGGGUGUCCCAGUGGAGUGGAGUCUUGGAGGAGAUCUGCUGGAGAACGGAGAGAAGUACCAGAUUAAGCAGAGGGGCUCGGCCCUGGAGUUGAUUAUCAGAGAUGCUGAACCAGAGGAUAGCGGGGUCUACACCUGUGUGUGUAGAGAGCAGAGGACAAAGGCCACUGUUAAAGUUAUCGCUGUUCCCGCCACGUUUAAAGUAAGUCUGAAGAGCCAGGAGGCUGAAGAAGGGAACAGUGUGACUUUACGCUGUGAGCUGUCAAAGAAGGGAGUCUCGGUGCAGUGGCAGAGAGACACCCAGGUGCUGUCUGAGGAGAUCUAUCGAGGGAAGUAUGAGAUGAAGCUGGAAGGAAAGACAGCUCAGAUGACUAUUCUCAACGUCCAACCAGAAGAUGCAGGGAGGUACAGCUGCAUCACAGGAGAUCAGAAAACCACAGCUGAAGUCAAAGUGAAAUCACUUCCUGUGACAUUCAAACGAGAGCUCCAGCACCUGGAGGUGAAGGAGGGAGACAGUGGAGUUUUCACCUGUGAGCUCUCCAAACCUGGAGCUCCAGUGGAGUGGAGGAAAGGCCGGGCGGUCCUGAAGCCUGGAGAUAAAUAUGAGAUGAAGCAAGAGGGACCUUACACUAAACUGAUCAUCAACAACAUAGAGGAGAGCGAUGCUGGCAAAUAUAUCUGCAAAACUAAAGACAGCCAAUCGACCGCUGAGCUCACUGUCCGAGAUUUACCGCCAAGUUUUAAGAUGCCACUAGUCAGCCAGGAGGUGACGGAGGGUAACAGUGUGGUUCUGCGCUGUGAGCUCAACAAACCUGCCCCAUCAGUGGAGUGGAGGAGAGGAGAAGAGCUGCUGAAAAAUGGAGACAAAUACCAGAUGAGAAAGAAGGACCUGCAGGUGGAGAUGAAGAUUGCGGACCUCAGUCUGGACGACACUGGAGAUUAUACCUGUAUAUGUGGAGAGAAGAGCACAAAAGCUAAGAUCACUGUGAAUGAGCGGCCCAUCAAAUUCCUUCAAGAACUGAAGAACAUUCAGGUGCAGGAGGGCAACGGAGUGACGGUCUGCUGUGAGCUCUCCAAACCCGGCACUCCAGUGCAGUGGAAGAAGGGAGACAACGUGUUGACCAACGGAGAGAAAUACCAGAUAAAGCAGAGCGGCUCCACUCUGGAGCUCCUCAUUAGGAAAAGCCAGCCCGAGGACAGUGGCACAUAUAGCUGUGUUUGUGAUGACAUAAAAACUACAGCCACCAUCAUCAUCACUGCGAUUCCGGUAACUUUCAAGCAAAAGUUGAAGAACCAAGAAGCUGUGGAGGAGGGCAGCGUGACGCUGCGCUGUGAGCUUUCUAAACCAGGAGUCCCGGUGGAGUGGAGGAAAGAUGCUCAACUUCUGAAUGAGGGAGAAAAAUAUCAGAUGAAGCAAGAAGGCCGGAUGGCUGAGAUGCUGAUCAGAAAUUUAGCUUUCACAGAUUUGGGGGAAUACAGCUGUUUUGUUGGCACUGUUGUAACUUCAGCUGACAUCAAAGUAAGAGCGAUUCCUGUAACAUUUAAACAAGAGUUGGAGGAUUUGGAGGUGAAGGAAGGGGACAGUGGAGUUUUCUGCUGUGAGCUCUCCAAACCUGGAGCUCCAGUGGACUGGAGGAAAGGCAGAGUCAUCCUCAAACCUGGAUACAAAUAUGAGAUGAAGCAGCAGGGACGUCUCACUAAACUGAUCAUCAACAACAUGGAGGAGAGUGAUGCUGGGAAAUACACCUGCAAGACUCAGGACAGCCAAACGACUGCUGAGCUCACCGUCAAAGCUCCUCCCAUCACAUUCAAGACAAAGUUAAGGAACCAGCAGGUGGAGGAGGAGAACAGCUUGAUGCUGAACUGCGAGCUGUCUAAGCCUGGCCUCGCUGUGGAGUGGAGAAAAGGACAAGAGCUGCUGAAGAAUAAUUUCAAGUACCAGAUUAAAAAUCGAAACAGCAGCAUGGAGCUGACCAUCAAAAACGCACAGCUGGAGGACAGCGGACUUUACAGCUGUGUCUACGGUGACGUCAAGACCACAGCCAAUAUCACCAUCACAUCUAUCCCCCUCACCUUUAAAAUGGGUCUGAAGAACCAGGAGGCCCCCGAAGGAGGCCUCGUGUCCCUUCGCUGUGAGCUGUCCAGGGCCGGGGUGCCCGUGCAGUGGUGGAAGGCGGACGACCAGCUGCAUCAUGGGGGAAGAUAUCAGAUGACGCUGAAGGGGAAGACAGCCGAGAUGCACAUCAAAAACGUCCAGCCCGAGGAUGUUGGCGAGUACAGCUGCGUCUUGGGAGAGCAGAAGACAACAGCCGAGGUCAACGUGAGAGCGGCAGCAUCAGUGUUCUUUGAGAAGGAACUGGAGAACCAAGCGGUGAUGGAGGGCAAAUCUGUGCUGCUGUCCUGUGAAGUUUCCAGUGCUAAUGUCAAUGUCACUUGGAAGAAGGACAACACUGUGCUGGAAGAAGGAGGGCGGUAUAUUUUAAUGAAGAAAGGCCCCACACACACCCUGGAGAUCAAGAAACUGCAUCUGGAGGAUUCUGGAGAGUACUGCUGUAUCACCAGAGGCAAGAAGACCACUGCCAAGCUGAUUGUGAGGGCUUCCUCUUCCUCCACAGAGCGCGUGCGGAUUGUCGCAGAGCUGCAAGGUAUCACGGUGACGGCAGGUGAGGAUGCAGUGUUCGAGUGUGAGCUGAGCCAUGCAGACGUGAGCGAGGGUGUCUGGUGGCUCGGCUCCAGCCCUCUGCAGAAGAACGAGAUGAACCAGAUGACGUGGCAGGGUCGCCUGCACCGUCUGGUCCUCACCAUGACGACGCCCGAGGAGACGGGCAUUGUGGCAUUUGUGAUCGGGGAGGAGAGGACCUCUGCACGUCUGCUGGUUGUUCCUAAAGCCAAAGUUUUAUUUGAGGAGAAGCCUAAAGAUGUUGUGAUCAUGGAAGGAGAGACGGCCACUUUGUCCUGCACGACCUCUGAUUUUACCUCCCUGGUUACCUGGAGCCGUAACCACAUCCCCCUCCGAAAUGGUGAUAAAUAUGAGAUAUGUAAGGAGGGAAAAGUCAAUCUAUUGACUAUCCGUGAUGUGGAUCCCCUGGAUACUGGCACAUACUCCUGUGAUACAGGAGACGUGCAGAGCAGUGCCAAACUUACUGUGACAGAGCUCCCUCCAUUCUUCCGAGAAGAAUUGCAGAGUGUGGAAGUUGAGGAGGGAGGUUCAGCCUCUCUGUACUGUGAGCUGUCUAAACUUGGAGUGCCGAUUCAAUGGAUGAAGAACAGGCUGCCGCUAAGAGCCAGCAGAAAGUACGAGAUCAGGCAGGAUGGCUGCCUCCUCCAGCUGCACGUCAAGGAUCUCAAACCUGAGGACAGCGGCAGCUACUUGUGUCAAGCAGGAAGUGCAGAGACCACUGCUACUGUGACAGUGAAAGAGCUCCCUCUGUUCUUCAACAAAGAAUUAAAAAGUUUGGUGGCUGAGGAGGGAGGUACAGCCUCUCUGUGCUGUGAGCUGUCUAAAGCUGGAGUGGCAGUGCAAUGGAAGAAGAACAGGCUGCCACUGAGAGCCAGCAGGAAGUAUGAGAUAAAACAAGACGGCUGCCUCCUGCAGCUCCACAUCAGAGACCUCAAACCUGAGGACAGCAGCAGCUACACAUGUCAAACAGAAAGUGCAGUGACCACUGCAACUGUGACAGUGAAAGAGCUCCCAGCAUUUUUCAAAGAAGAAUUGCAGAACAUGAAGGCUGAAGAAGGAGGUUCAGCCUCCCUGUGCUGUGAGCUGUCUAAACCUGGAGUGUCCGUGCAAUGGAAGAAGAACAAGCUGCCAUUGAGAGCCAGCAGGAAGUACGAGAUGGAGCAGGACGGCUGUAUCCUUCAGCUCCACAUCAAAGAACUCAAACCUGAGGACAGUGGAAGCUACACAUGUCAAGCAGGAAGUGCAGAGACCACUGCUACUGUAUCUGUGAAAGAGCUCCCACUCCUUUUCAAAGAAGAAUUGCAGAAUGUGAAGUUGGAGGAGGGAGCUUCAGCCUCCCUGUGCUGUGAGCUGUCUAAACCUGACGUAUCUGUACAAUGGAAGAAGAACAGGCUGCCACUGAGAGCCGGCAGCAAGUACGAGAUGAAGCAAGAUGGCUGCCUCCUCCAGCUGCACAUCAAGGAGCUCAAACCUGAGGACAGCGGCAACUACACAUGUCAAGCAGGAAGUGCAGAGACCACUGCUACUGUGUCAGUGAAAGAGUUCCCUCCAUUCUUCAAGGAAGACUUAGAGAGUGUGGAGGCUGAGGAGGGAGGUACAGCCUCUCUGUGCUGUGAGCUGUCUAAAGCUGGAGUGGCAGUGCAAUGGAAGAAGAACAGGCUGCCACUGAGAGCGAACAGGAAGUAUGAGAUGAAACAAGAUGGCUGCCUCCUCCAGCUGCACAUCAAGGAUCUCAAACCUGAGGACAGCGGCAGCUACACAUGUCAGGCAGAAAAUGCAGAGACCACUGCUACUGUGACAGUGGAAGAGCUCGUACCAUUCUUCAACAAAGACUUACAAAGUGUGGAGGCUGAGGAGGGAGGUUCAGCCUCUCUGUGCUGUGAGCUGUCUAAAGCUGGAGUGUCAGUACAAUGGAAGAAGAACAGGCUGCCACUGAGAGCGAACAGGAAGUAUGAGAUGAAACAAGAUGGCUGCCUCUUCCAGCUGCACAUCAAGGAUCUCAAACCUGAGGACAGCGGCAGCUACACAUGUCAAGCAGAAAGUGCAGAGACCACUGCUACUGUGACAGUGAAAGAGCUCGUACCAUUCUUCAACAAAGAAUUACAAAGCAUGGAAGUUGAGGAGGGAGGUACAGCCUCUCUGUGCUGUGAGCUGUCUAAGCCUGGAGUGGCAGUGCAAUGGAAGAAGAACAGGCUGCCGUUGAGAGCGAACAGGAAGUAUGAAAUAAAACAAGAUGGCUGCCUAUUCCACCUCCGUAUCAAGGAUCUACAACCUGAGGACAGCGGCAGCUACACAUGUCAAGCAGAAAGUGCAGAGAGCACUGCUACUGUGACAGUGAAAGAGCUCGUACCAUUCUUCAAGGAAGACUUACAGAGUGUGGAGGCUGAGGAGGGAGGUACAGCCUCUCUGAGCUGUGAGCUGUCUAAAGCUGGAGUGUCAGUACAAUGGAAGAAGAACAGGCUGCCACUGAGAGCGAACAGGAAGUACGAGAUGAAACAAGACGGCUGCCUCCUCCAGCUGCACAUCAAGGAUGUAAAACCUGAGGACAGCGGCAGCUACACAUGUCAAGCAGGAAGAACAGAGACCUCUGCUACUGUGACAGUGAAAGAGCUCCCACCAUUCUUCAACAAAGACUUACAAAGUGUGGAGGCUGAGGAGGGAGGUACAGCCUCUCUGUGCUGUGAGCUGUCUAAAGCUGGAGUGUCAGUACAAUGGAAGAAGAACAGGCUGCCACUGAGAGCGAACAAGAAGUAUGAGAUGAAACAAAAUGGCUGCCUCCUCCAGCUGCACAUCAAGGAUCUCAAACCUGAGGACAGCGGCAGCUACUUGUGUCAAGCAGGAAGUGCAGAGACCACUGCUACUGUGACCGUGAAAGAGCUCCCACUAUUCUUCAAGGAAGACUUACAAAGUGUGGAGGCUGAGGAGGAUGGUAUAGCCUCUCUGUGCUGUGAGCUGUCUAAGCCUGGAGUGUCAGUGCAAUGGAAGAAGAACAAGGUCCCACUAAGAGCCAGCAGUAAGUAUGAGAUGAAGCAAGAUGGCUGCCUCCUCCAACUCCACAUCAAGGAGCUAAAACCUGAUGACAGCGAGAGCUACACAUGUCAAGCAGGAAGUGCAGAGACCACUGCUACUGUGACAGUGAAAGCACUAGAACCGACUCCACCAAAGGUAGAGCCCCCAACGAUUCUGCCCCAGGCAAAGGGCUCUGUUUCCAGACCAACUCCUACUCCAGAGAGCCAGAAGCCUGGACUCCCAGAAGCCAAACCUGUUCCUCCAGAGCCCAAAAAGAGAGCUUAUAGAAAAGCAUCUAUUACAAGUUUAGAAAAAGAUGUCGAGCCAAUGUUUGACCUAAAACAGGACAUCCAACCUGCAAGAUCUAUGGAGAAAGAUGUUGAUGCUGCACAGAACGUAACACAACAGGAGAGGCAUAAGGAGAAAGGUAGUGAUGUGUACAAGAAAGUUGAAGAAGCCAAACCUGUACCUCCAGAGCCCAAAAAGAGAGCUCAUAGGAAAGCAUCUAUUACAAGUUUAGAAAAAGAUGUGGAGCCAAUGUUUGAUCUAAAACAGGGCAUCAAACCUGCAAGAUCUAUGGAGAAAGACGUUGAUGCUGCACAGAACGUAACACAACUGGAGAGGCAUAAGGAGAAAGGCAGUGAGGUGUACAAGAAAGUUGACAAGACAAUGAGACUACUGGAGAAGGAUGAUGGGGUUGACAGGGAGGUGGAAGAGCCAACAAGGCCUUUGGAAACAGAGAAAGACGCGUUCAUGGAGAAGAGACAACCAGGAAGGAAUUCAGAGAAAUUAGUCAAGGUUGAACAUGACACAAGUCAGUUAGACGGGGUUUCAGGAGUGUUUGAACAAAAGAAAGAGGAAAAGGAAGUUGAACAGAACUCAAAACAAGCAGGAAAGCCUUCAAAGGAAACAAGUGCAUUUGAGAGGAAGGAAAGUCAUCCAGGAAAAGUCCUGUGGCAGAACAGUGAGGAUGAACAACAGCCUGCGAAACCAUUAGAAAGGUUUAUUGAGAAUGACGAGAAGCCAGUAAAGGAGGGCAGAAUAGAGGAAGAGGAACCGUUUAAACCACCAGUAAGAUCUAAAGGAAAGGUAACAGGGGGAAAGGAACCACUUAAAUAUGUUGCAAAGGAAACUGAGGAGCUAAUUGUCCAAUCAGUGAUACCUACUAUUAAUGAUUCCCAAGAAGACCAUGUGAAACAACAAGUGUCCACAGAGGCAGAGAGAGAGAAAAAGCCACUGAAACUAGUACUGUCUGUAAAUCAGCUGGACAAACAGACAGUAGAACAACCAGCAAAGACUUUAGAAAAAGAGGCUGAAUUUGUCCCUCCAAAACCACCUGUGAGGAUAAGAAGCAAAGCAAAGGGGGGAAUGGAAAGGCAGUCAUCAAGGGACACAGAGACGGAUCAAGAUGAUCAACCGAUGACAAGAGUAGUGGUGAAAACAACGGAUGAUCAGCCAAUCAAACAGUCAGUAGUGUCUUUGAAAAAAGAGGUCGAAGAGAAACCAAGAUUCGAGAGGAAACCAUCAAUACCAACAGACACAGAGAUCGUUGAGAAUAUUAAGCAACCUGUGAAAGCUGCUGAGAACGACGCAAACACCAAACAGCCGAUCAAACAACCAGUAAAACCCAUGAGAAAAGAACCUGAACUUGACCAGGAAGUGAAAUUGGCGGUCGAGCCAAUAAGAAGGGAGGAAGAACAACAAACAACAAAGAUGACAGAAGACAUUCCUCUCCUCUACAUUUCUGAAGAUGAAACUUUCUCAGAAGCUUUGACUGAGCUACCAGCCAAUCACAACGAUGUCCAGCCUCCUGGCUCUUUUGUUGAGGAGUCAACCCAACCCGCUACUCUUCCUCCACUUAAUGUACCCCAGAAGGCACAACCGCCAAACGAAGCUACACCGGAGAUUGACAUCAGCGUUGAGGAUGAACCACAAAUGCAAGAGGCUGCAGUCAAGAUCCAGGCUGCCUUCAAAGGCUACAAAACCCGCAAAGACAUGCGACCUGUCUUUAAAGAGGUGUUCAAGAACCAGAGUGCAGAUCUCCAUGGUACAGUCACUCUAGUGUGUAUUGUAGAAGGGAAACCCAGCACAGCGCGCUGGCUGAGAAACGGCCAACAGAUCAUUAAUGACCAUCGAUGCCGUAGUGAGACUACAGAGAACGGUGUGUGCACGCUGGUGAUCAAAAACCUGACCCCCAUUGACAGUGGAAUCUAUACAUGUGAGGUGGUGAAUAAGUUUGGUAUGAUCUCCUACAAUGGAAACGUAACAGUAGUACAGCCUCAGAAGCCCGCUCUGACAGUCCAGAAGCCUGUACACCCACCGCUUGUAGCCAUAACUCCUCUGCAACUCGCCCCGCCAAAGCCUGAGGCCAAAACACAGACUCAGGAUCUACCUCAUACUCAAACCCAGAUACCCACAUCUAAUACGGAUGAUGCGAACUACGUAGAAAAUGAGAAUGUCUCUCUGUGGGAGGCCUACACCCUGACGGAGCAGGACACCCAGAUGAGCCUACAAGAGAGGAGAGGAUCUUCACUCAUUGCCAGCUCCAUGUCGAGUCCCUCAGAUUAUGACACAGCUCCGGAUAUGAUGGAACCUAUUGAGACUGGCCCAGUUAUACCAAGGGAAGUGACAAAAGCAGCAGACCAAUUGCCUCCGAAAGAUGACAAAGAACAAAUGGCUCCUCCACAACCUUCUAAGAAACUACUGACGGUCAAAGGGGCUCAUGAAAGUAGAAUGAGGACACCAUCUCCUAAGCACCACCGCGCUCAAACACCUUUAACUGGCACCAUCUCUGGAUCAGAGUCAGAAGGGGAAGAGGAUAGACAAGAGAUAUUUGAAAUGUACGUGGCUCGAGCUGAUUGCAGUCCAAACAGCGGAACAAAGGAAAGCUUUGUUCUGAAGGAGGGCCAGUUUGUCGAGGUCCUGGACUCUGUUCACCCUGACAGGUGGCUGGUGAGGACCAAACCCACCAAAACCAACCCUGCUCGACAGGGAUGGGUGUGUCCAGCCUACCUGGAGAAGAAGAGGAAGGAGACCUUCCCGCAGUUGAGAGCACCUCAAGAGGAUCUCGAUGGAAUUGGGUCUACAGGAGAAGAGUACAGGAGAGCUCUGAGCCAACUGAUCCAAGGCCUGAUUGAUGGAGAGGAGGAGUUUGUAAAGGAGAUGAAGAUGUUCACCUCUCACCAGCUAAAUUAUUUGGACUCUAGCCGCCACGUCCCCAUCAACAUCCUCAACCAGAAAGAGAUCAUCUUCAGGAAUAUCAAGGACAUUGUGUUUCUGCAUGAAAGGUCCAUCCUCCCCGGGCUGAGAGAGUGCGCCACAGACGACGACGUGGCCAUGCAUUUCAUCAAGCACACUGAGGACUUUGAGAAGUAUCUUCACUACAUGGUGGGACAAGCUCAAGCAGAGGCCUGCGUCACCGACAAGGCUGUCCAACAGUAUUUCAAAGAGUUACCAGAGUCUGGUAACGUUGAGGCUCCUGUCAUGGAUGUCCUGACUUUCCUCCAGCGACCAGUGGAGAGGAUUCAAACCUACCAGGCUUUACUGAAGGAGCUGAUCAAGAACAAAGCCAAAAGUGGCCAGAGCUGCUGUCUUUUGGAGGACACCUUCUCCAUGGUGUCCUGUCUCCCCUGGAGGUCUGACAACCUGCACCAGGUGUCCCUCAUCGAGAACUACCCAGCUCCUCUAAUCGCCCUCGGCGAGCCUGUGAGACAGGGAGUCUUCACAGUGUGGGAGGAAACUCCAGAAAUGAAGACGGCCUCUAGAGGGCAUCAGAGACAAGUCUUCCUCUUCAGGGAAUGUAUUGUACUGUGUAAACUGAAAAGAGACACCAGUAUGAACAGUGACACCUGCACCUUCAAGAACAAAAUGAAGCUGAAUGAUGUGGAAAUAAAGGAGACUCUGGGUGGAGAUGAAAAGUCCUGGGGGUUGUGGCAUGAGCACAGGGGCUCAGUGAGGAGGUACACCCUGCAGGGCCGCUCCACCCUGGUGAAGCUCUCCUGGCUCAAGGACCUGAAGGAGCUGCAGCAGCGGUCCAGCCUGCCCACUAACAGCCCACCGGUGUUUGAGUCACAGUUGUCUGACUGCACAACAAAGAUAGGACAGACAGUCAAACUGACCUGUAAGGUCACGGGGUCGCCAAAACCGGUGGUCAGCUGGCUCAAAGAUGGCCUUCCUUUAGAGGACGACCCACGUCACAUCAUCACAGCAGACCGUUCAGGCAACUGCAGUCUCAUCCUGGACAGUCUCACUGCAGAGGACUCUGGACAGUACACCUGCUACGCUACCAGCUCCAUGGGCAGCGCUGGGACUCUGGCUAGGGUCGUGGUGAGCGCUCCACCCAGAUUUGUGUGCCGGCUGGAGAGCGCUUGUCUCAUUGAAGGAGAGGAUAUUCAGUUCACCUGCUCCACACUCACUACUCCUUUACCACAAAUCAGGUGGUUGAAAGAUGGCAGAGAGUUGACUGACCAGCAGAAAUACUUCAUCCUGAAUGACGCUCGGAGUGGCAUCUUGUGUCUGACGGUCGUCAGGGCAACAGAGGCAGAUAUUGGACAGUAUGAGUGUGAGCUUUUGAACGAGUUUGGCUGCAUCAAGUGCAAGGCAGGGCUGUGCCCAGCUUAUGUUCCACCGAUGGACACCGAGGAUGACCAACCACAGGACUUACCUCCUAAAGAUGCAGACUCAGAGGGCUGGUCCACUGCUUUUGUGAAGAAAUGGCUACAGACUGAUUUCAGCGCCACCUCUAUUGCUAAGAUGCUCUUCCCUCCUGGACACCCUGAACAAGCUGAACGUAGCACUGAAGAGGCUGUUGCUGCCCCGACAUCCGUGGACCAGGUGGUACAGCAGCCUCCGUGUUACCUGGAAGAAGAAGAGGAGAUCUACAUCUCAGAGCAAAUGCAGGAAAUCACAGAUGCUCCUCCAUCCAUCCAGGUUCCCACUGAAGACCUGUGUGUAGAGCCUGGCCAAUCAGCUGCUUUUACUGCCAUCAUCACAGGGAGACCUACUCCUAAUAUACAGUGGUACAAGGAUGGAGAGGAGCUUGCAGCCGAUGAGAAUGUGGAGAUUGUACAGCAUGGCGCCCGCUGCUCAUUGACCAUAGUGUGCCCAGAGGGCGAGGACAGCGGCAUAUACACCUGCCUCGCCUACAAUGACUCGGGCCAUGCCUCGUGUCAGGCUGAGCUGACGGUGGAGGAAGGCCCACUAGAGUUUCAGGAGAGAGAGGUGGAGCUGGGGAAGAGAAGGAAGUUGUUCUCUGUCUAUGAUGUCCACGAGGAAAUUGGAAGGGGAACCUUCGGGGUAGUGAAGCGUGUCGUCCACAGACGAACAGGUGAAGUGUUUGCCGCCAAGUUCCUGCCUCUGCGGAGCAGCACUCGGACCAGGGCCUUCCAGGAGAGAGACCUGCUGUCCCGUCUGGCUCACCCCAGAGUGGCCUGUCUGCUGGACUUCUUUUGUACCAGACGCACUCUGGUGCUCAUCACAGAAAUCUGCUGUUCUCACGGACUUCUGGACCAUUUAUUACUGAAAGGAUCCGUCUCAGAGAAAGAGGUUCAGUCGUACGUCCAGCAAAUCCUCGAAGGAGUCGGUCACAUUCACAGCAUGAACAUUUUGCACCUGGACAUUAAACCUGAUAAUAUCCUAAUGGUGUAUCCGCCCAGAGAUGAGAUCAAGAUCUGUGACUUUGGCUUCUGCCAGGAAAUAGACGCGUCCAGACACCAAUACAGCACACUGGGUACACCAGAGUUUGUUGCCCCUGAGGUUGUUCACCAAGAACCAGUCACUGUGGCCACUGAUAUCUGGUCUGUAGGUGUUAUAGCCUAUCUGUGUCUGGUGUGCCGAUGCCCUUUCACGGGUGCGACGGACCGCGCCACGCUGCUGAGGGUGGGGGAGGGAACGCUGAACUGGGACGCCCCUGACGUCACGUACAGGAGCCCUGAGGCUCAGGACUUUCUCCAAAUGCUCCUUCAGCCAGAUCCAGAGAAGCGACCAUCUGCUUUCGAGUGCUUGAGCCACGAAUGGCUCCAGGACGAACAUGCAGGGGAAGAUACGGAUGAGAUCAACACGAAGAUUUUGAAAAUCUUCAUCUCUAAAAGGAAAUGGCAGCGUUCUUUGACUUGCAUCGGGUCGGUUCUCACGUUGAGGCUCAUCCCUGAGCUGUUGGACGCUCCUCUCAGAGAGACUGCGGUGACGGUGCCCCGCGAGCCCCAGGAGCACAGCAGCACCUCUGUGAGUAGUGGUUCCUCGUCUGAGUACGAUGAGGCGGACUCUUUGGAUUUUUUCCAGUACUGCAGCCCGACUGAGGAGGAGGAAGAAACCGAGGAGGAGUAUGAUCCUUUAACGGAGAGAGCGCAGAUCCCCGAGCCUUUUGCCAAACUCCACCUAGAAGAGGAAGAGGAAGUGAUACUAGAGGAGGAGGAGGAUGGGGAGAUGGUAGAAAGGAGGAGCGUACUAGAGCGGAGUAUGAGCAGGCAGUCGGUUGCGUCGUCAGAUGUGUCCAGCCAGCACACACCUCAAAACGAGCGUAGGUUGAGCAGGGAUAGUACUCAGUCUCUCUACCUGUCUGAUGGGGAUGAGGGUUCAGGGAGUGACGGAGGUCGUAUCCCUCGUGGCAGCCUCAUCCGAAGCACUUUCUACAGCACCUCUCAGCAGCUUUCACCCAUGUCCGCGAGACACAUGACAUUACGGGACAAAUUCCAGGCCAAAAAGCAGGAGAGAGGCCGCAAACCACUCCGAAGAAGCUUUUCAGGACGCCUCAACGAGCCUCUUAUUGAAUACGUGGAGGACGAGACGGAGACCAAUCGUGGCCAGAGACGGGGCUCCGUCCAGCCUACGAUGCAGAAGUCCUGCUCCUUCGACAGCGGCGUUGCCCUCGCCCACGCCAACAUGCCCCCUCACCGGAGGAGCAGGUCUCUCGAUGAGGUUUCUCGACGAUCUCCCAGCUCACCCGAGCACACAAAGUCCGGUGAAGAAGAGGGUUCUCAAAGUCUGAAGGAAGAUUUGACAGAUGAUGAAGUGGCAGGGAGGAACUUGUUGGCCAUCCCGAGCCCUCGGCGACCCACAAGAAGAAGAGGCUCUGUCGUGCCAAUACAAGAGACUCGCACACCGGGUGGACCAUCUGUUCCCUCAGGCCUCCCUGCUGGAGACAGAACAAGCCUCAGGCUGGGUCAAGAGCAGGCAGCGGGUGACACCUUCACUGGCUCCCAGGGGUCUCUGGCCGAGUCAUCUAUUUUGGAGCACGGUGGUUCUGAUUCUUCAAGUAGACUCGGCUCCUAUGAGGAGCUGAGUCAUGGUCAUCUCAGAGGGAGAUCAGGAGAGAGUGAAGGGUAUGAUGAUCAAGGGGAGCCUCUGAUUUCACGAUCCCCAUGCUCGUUCCAAGAGGUUAAACCUAGGAGCUCGUUUCCUAAAGCACCGCCGCGUAAUCGCACCCGCUCCAACCCCAACUUACUCAGCAGAGGUCAGCCAGGGACCCCGCUAACAGCGAGCCCCAGUCCCAGCCUCUCUUCUCUGCAGGCUCCAGAAAGGCCUCCCAGAGCAAGGGACAAGAAGGAAAGCUCUGGCCUCCAAAGGCACGCAUCCGCUCCGGUCCUCGAAGAUGCCCGGCCUCCUACAGGAAGGUCACCCAAGCUGGGACUGCUGAAGAUCUUCCGCAGGCAGUCCUGGACCGGCCAUUCCUACUCGCAGCUGGACAACGCAGAGCUAGGACCCACGCUAGGAGAGAUCAUGAAGCCGGAUACUCCCACCAUGUCUCUGAGGAAGAAGAUGAGAGCUUCAGCCUCCAGCCUGACCAAGCUGUUUACCAGGUCUUCUAGUAACGAGGAUGUGAGUAAAGGAGGGCCAAUAGUAAAAGGAUCGUCUCCCAUCCCACCUGAAAGGCACCAUAGCAGUGGUCUUGAGGGUUCAAAAAAGAGGACCUCCAAACUAUUGCCUUCUUUUAAAAUACCUGCAUUCAAAAAGACCAAAGAUCUGCUGGUCCGUCCCAACAAGGCUGAAGUGCUCCAGUUAGAUGGAGGUGGAGUCCUGCUGGUUUGGAAACCAGUCCAGUCCAGUGACCCUGUCACCUACUGUGUGCAGUACUGUACAGAUGGUGCUGAGUGGACGGUCCUGUCGGAGGAGGUCACUGAGAGCUGCUAUGUGGUGAAGGACUUACCCACAGGAGCUUCUUAUGUGUUCAGGAUGGGCUGCAUCACCAAGACAGGAGCAGGACCCUUCAGUGAUGCUUCAGCACCCAUUGUUAUGGCCACUCAUCCUGAAGAGAUUCACAUUCCUCUAAUCCGGACUGAGUCACUGGGGUCAAAGGUCACUGGGUCAGAACAACAGACGACACACAAGAACUUCAAUUUCCUCUCUGAGAUUAACAGGGGUCGUUUCAGCGUAGUUACCAUGUGCCGGGAUGUCGAGACCAGCCAAGUGUUUGUUGCCAAGAUCACCCCUUACCAGGCAGAGCAGAGACAGUUGGUGCUGAGGGAAUAUCAGCUGCUGAAGAGGCUUCAUCAUCCUCACCUGGUGCAGCUGCACACUGCCUAUUUCACGUCCCGCUACCUGGUGUUAGUGGAAGAGCUCUGUCCCGGCAAGGAGCUGCUCUACAGUCUGGCAGCGAGAGAUCUGUACGCAGAGACUCAUGUCGGCGAGCUGCUGGUUCAGAUCCUGAGUGCGGUCGACUACCUUCACAGCCGUCGAGUCGUCCACCUGGACCUGAAGUCUGACAACAUGCUGGUGGACGAUUGCAACCACGUGAAGAUCGUUGACUUGGGCACGGCUCUGUCCUUCACACCCGGUCAGCCUCUCAAUGUCGAGCACAUCCAGGGCCUGUCGGAGAGCAAAGACUGCCGCAGCAAAGUUUACAUUGUCCUUCCUAAAGCUCCGGAGAUCCUGGAGGGUCAGGGUGUCGGGCCUGAAACUGACAUUUGGGCUAUUGGAGUUCUGUCCUUCAUCAUGUUGAGUGCCGACAGCCCGUUCCAUGCAGAGCACAGCUGGGAGCAGGACAGAAACAUCAAGAAAGGGAAGAUCCAGUUUGGCCGCUGUUACCCCGGUCUGUCAGAGGGAGCUCUGAACUUCAUGAAGAGCAGCCUGAAUAACAAAUCCUGGGGGAGACCCACUGCAGCUGAGUGUCUCCAGAACCCGUGGCUGAGAGCCCAUCGCGCCCCACACAAAGGUCGACACUCCAAAGUGUGUUUCUCCACUGACAAGCUUAAAGAUUACCUCAAGCAGAAGGAGGAGAAACGAGACCAGGUCCGCACCAAGCUCCAGGGUCCCUUCUUCCAGUAAUGCUGUAACACUGUGGGGGUUUCUAGAAACUAUACCACCUUAUUAUAUGCAGCACAUUUCAUUUCAGCUGAUAGUUUCCUGUGUGGCUCUAAAAUCCUUUUAGUAUCCUCUGAUUUUUAACAUGUGAUGCGUCUUAAUGAGUUUUCAAAGUGUAUUCAUCCAUCAGCUUGUAUAUGUUUGUGUGCUUUAGUUUAUAUGGAAACAUAUCAGGGAUAAGGUUUAGUAAGAGUGCAUGAGAAACUGUUGUUUUGCUCCUCAGUAUCAGACAGACGCAUGUGUUUGGCCUUAAAACUGUUUUCUGUGCUAUUCUUCUUCAUAGAGAAGGCAGAUACUUUUCUGAGUGGUAUGUUUUAUUUAAAAAUGUACACAUGUUGCCUUAAAGUUAUAAUGUACAAAUGGGAAAUUAAUUAGAUUUAUAGGUUUUAUUGAAUGCUUCUAAGUUUCAUAAUACUUAAAAAUUGGGUCAAUAACUCUUUCGGAUGAGUUGACAAAUGAACGAUUAAUUAAACGUCACGAAAGUGGUCCGUCA